GUACAGACCGCGGAUUUUUGAAAAUAACGACCGAAUUAAUAGCAAGACGAGUUGUCCACCGGCUGCAAUUUUACACAUAUUGAUAUCAGAACAUCAUGAUGUCCAUUACUGACCCAAACAUGAGUGACAAGUUCACCAGUACAAUGGAGCAGAUCCACAACAAACAGCUUGAAACGUACGCCAACAUAAUUGACACGACUGUCGAGUUGUCCCAGUCCCACAGACAGUUUGUGAAGUCAGCACUUGAUACAUGUUUUAAAAAGUGUAAGGACGAUGAGAUGCUGUUUGAGACAAUACAGACGUUCAAAAAAGACUUGGAACAAAAAAAUGCGUCAUUGAAGGAGAAACGGCAUGUCAUAUCUGGAAUGAUAACUGAGAUUCAGGAGAAGGAGAUGCAGAAAGAGGACAUCAUCCAGAAGAUUGAGAAACUUAAAGAAGAACAAACCAAGAGGAAAGACUUAAUUGAGUCUCAAAAUAAAGCAAACAAAGACAGACUGAGGAAUCUUCAGAAAGCCAGAGGGGUCUUUCAGGAUCAUUUGGGGAUGGAGAUACGAACAAUCCUUGGCAAAACUGAACAGGACAAAGGUAAAAAGUUGCAGUUUGUUUUCCGGAACAUCAGCCCUUCAAAUCAGGACAGUGCUUAUGUUGUCACAAUGGGGAUUAAAGAAAACGGAUCAUACCAGAUUGUGUCUAGUGACCCUGCCCUCGAGUGUCUGUCAGUCUUGGAGAGCCGGCUUCAGGAGACCAAUAAUUUAUCCGCAUUCCUGGCAAACGUCAGAAAGGAGUUUAUCUCUCAGGCACGCUGCUAAAAAAACCAUGCAGUGAAGUUCUCACUACAAUGUGGACUAAUGAAAGCAAGAGGGAUUACAUGGAGAGUCAUCAGAGGGGGAUUACAGGUCUGUAAAUAUAUCAUCAGCUGCCUUGUUAGGACUCCUGGAUCUGAAUUUCAAAUACACUUCUGUAGGCAAUAAUUAACAAGUGUCCCGUCUUAUUAAUGAGAGAAAGCUCGGUCAUGUUACAGAUUAGUGGAAACUGCAUGUUUUGUAUUAUUUUAAACCCCAAAGUCCUUCCUUCAGAGAGCAUGUUUUCUUUUGUACAUAAUGAAAGGACGUCACUGUUUUUGUUCAUCCACUAAAAUCCUGAAAAAUAAAUAUCUGAUCACUCACAUAUUGAUGUAAACAGUUUUAUUUUUUUUUUGUCAUCGUUACUCAUUUUACAGAUGGUAGGGAUAUCAAAGAACAGUUUCAUUUUCCUGUCAGUCACAUUGAUGUAAUAAAGUAUGCAUUUUUAAAAUAUU